UGUGAAAGCGGAAUGCCAACAGAUAAUUAUUUUAUAAAUCUUAUUAUACAUAGUUCCGUUUUGCAUCGGUGAUCCACAAACGGUUAAAAUAAAAUAUACACAAUGAGCGAUUCAACUGUAUAUUAUAAUUGUGACACAAAACCACAUCACAAAUAUGCAAAGAGGAGUAAAGCCAAACGCCUGAUGUUUGGUCCUAGUAAGUCAGUGGUUAUGAAUGUUAUGACUAGAACAAGAUACAAUAACAAAAUUUACUCUAGCGAAUGUCAAUCUGAUUCGUGUGUUCUUGGGAAGGACAAACUACCGAAACAUAAUAAGCGUUCAAAAAAACGUCGUCUGAGAUAUAAAUCUACAAAAUUUUAUGGAUUCAGUGACAAAAAACGGGAAAACUCGAAAUGCAAAAUGUCAAGCAAAAACAUUCCUCCAGAUUAUCCAAAGAAAUUGAAAUCUCGAGAAAAGGUAAAGAAGAGAAGUCAUGGACUUAUUGUCAAACCAAAACUUAGGCACGCUUCGAUAUCAACUUUGAAAACUACUACGAAAUCAAAAUCAAUGAGUACAGUAAUCCUCAAAUAUAAGGAAUCCAAGUUUCCGUGGGAACGGCGAGGGAGUUUACUCAACACCAAAUCAGUGAGCACUGAGGAAAAACAGAAUGGAGGAGUAGAAAAAAAGCUAGGGAUCUUACUAAAUGCUAGCGAAGGGAAAAAUAGACAUUCCUCCAAAACAUCUCGCGUCACAUUUGAAGAAGAUCAAAGAACUAAUACUAAUAAUUUAUUAAUAAAUGCUUUGGAACUUUUAACAAAACAAGAAGAAAGCGGGGGCGAAAACAAAAUUCCAAAAGAUACAUCAACGCCCAAAUCUUCCUCCUUCGUAAAUUCUGAAAUACAAACAGAUAGUGAAAGAACAAGUGUUCAGGAAAAACGGAGUUUAAUCCUUAAGUUGAAAAUUAUGCUACAAGAGCAGGAGGGUAUACAAAAUAUGUUGAAUGAAAUGAAUUUGUUUCUUGAUGACCUAGCAAACAAAGCAAAAGAUACUGACACUGGUCUUAGUCAAUCAAAUCAAGAUCUAUCACGUAAAAGCUUUAAUAGCACAAAAAGUGCGCAACCCGAACUGAGGCGAACUGAAGACGGUAAAGAUACAUCCGAGAUUUUACCUAAAAGCUCUAAUAGCAAAAUUAGAGCGCAGCCCGAACUAAGGCAAGCUGAAAACAAUAAAGAUACACCCGAGAGCCAACCUACAGCAUUGUCUGAGCAACCAUUCCCUAGAAUUAUCAAAAGUAAAAAGACUGGGUUAAAACUUCAAAUCAAACAACCUAAAUCAUCCCAAUUGAUUAAAGAAGAAGAUGAUGAAACUGAACUUGAAACAAUUACGCUAUAUUCAAAAAGGGAAAUAAAACCGUAUCAUGGAAUGAAAUUUUCCCAAAAAUUAAAAUCCUUACAAAAUGAAUUCACGAUUCAAUACGAUAAAAGAUCACAUGGUUACGUAUUCAAUUACGGUCGUAGAAACAAAACCAGGAAAAAAAAUAUUGCAGAACAAGAAAUACCUCUGUUUCGUUCCCGCUCUCCAAGAGGAAUUAAAAUUACAGCACCUUUAAGAGACCCAUCAUAUCCAGCAUUUAAACGUCUUUCAAGAAGGUCAAAUUCACCUCCGAAACUACAACAAUUGACGGCCGAUUUAAUAAACAAAGAUAAGAGCAGACAAACUUGUGACCUUCUAAAGGAUUGGAAAUGUGCAGAAGAGUGUAAAAAAGAAAUAAAAGAACCUGUGAAAACCUCCUCUCCUACGCUUUGUAUUAAACAGGCCAGUUCCGGAAUCAAAACGCCUAGCUCCAGUAUGAUUACUUUAGGAAAUAAAGUAAGUAAAGUCGUUAAGGAAUUUGGAUGGAAAUCUUGGGAUUAUUUGAAUAAAUCUCCAAUCUGUAAGCUAGAGAAAAAACGACCAAGUAGCUUGCCACGAAAACAAAAUGAUCAUGUUGUUCCUGCAGAUAAAGAAAAGCAAAAAAAUGAUGACUUAGUGAAGAUGCAAAAGACACUCAAAGCUAUUGUAGAAGGAAAAGUAACCCCAUCAAUGAUGGAACUUAUAAUAAAUAAAGACACUGGCAGUAUUUUAAAUUCAGACGACAUUAUUAGGAACAUAAUGACAUCAAAAAAACAAGACAAGGCCAAGAUUAUUCCGGAUGAACCAACUCAACUAACACCGAAAAGCAGGGAUUCUUCCCCAGGAUCAUCUAAGCCAGAGAACGUGGAACAUAUCCCUAUAAAAAGCAAACCUGGUACGCCGGUAAAAUGUGGCUGUAUUUUAAAAUCUAUUGCUUCGGGAACUCUCAGCACAAUCCGUAAAGCCAUAGCCUUAGGCAAAGUGACACCAUCAAUCAUUGAAAAAGUUAUAAACAAAAAGAAAGGCAAACCGUUUCCCACGAAACGGUUUUUUAAACCAAUGGACAAAAAGGACAUAGCCACCAAAAUUAAAACCCCAGCGGGUUUGGACAAAAUCAUGAAACAAAUACGUAAAGCCAUAAACAAAGGUGAAGUCACACCAUCAGAAAUGGAACUAUUGGAAAACAAAGAGGAAUCAAAAAAGCCGUGGAACAAGUAUGAUAUCAUUGCCAAGCUAGGCAAAGCUGAUGGUAACGCUGAAAUUAUGAAAGAAAUCUGUAAUGCUAUCCACAAAGGCACCGUAUCACCUUCGUUAAUAGAACUGGCAAUCAGUAAAAACUAUGAUUCUUUAAUAUCAUUUAAAUAUAAACCACGAUCAAGAGGGCCUCUAAAGAAGUCAAUGCAUAAGAAUGAAAUAUUGGAGAAGAUGGGUAGUAGAGCUGGUCAGACUGAAAUAUUGAGAGAACUUACUAGAGCUAUGAAGAAGAGGAAUAUUCCACCAUCGCUUAUUAAAUUGAUGUUAGAUAAACCAUCACCAAAAGCAUCAACAGAUAUAAAAACGUCAAAACCAUGUGUCAAGCUACCUGCCAAGCUGAAUGAUUUAUCGGCCAAGCCCAACAGAGACGCAAUAAAAGAAAUAACGCCAUCACGCAAAGAUUUGCUAGUCAACAAUUCACGUAGAUUACUGGCAUCUGCUACCGAAAGUCUAAAAACCCUUAAAGGUAAGAAAAAGGCCAAAAAAUGUCCAUCAAAGAUGACGAAGUUAAAUAAAGGUAAACCCCCAAUAAGAGGGUUAGGAAGCAAACCAUAUUUGAAGUCAGGCAGGAAGCUGCAUGAUAUUUUUUCUAAGCCUAGCACUAGUAGAACUAAACCUCUUGCCAUUUCUUCAAAGAAAAACUUGAAAGGUUUCAUCCCUAUUGAAGAAUGA